AUGGAAUCCUUAUCACGCCGACUGGUCUACUACCUGCGACACGAUCCUGCUGCCCCACGCGACUCCGCCGGAUACGUGACACUUCAGCAUCUCUCAGAAUAUUUCCAUCUGACACGUCCUACAUUAAACUCCAUAGUCGACCUGCCAGCGGACAAGAAGCGGUUAUUCCUGUCCCCCUGUGGAGAGAAGAUGAGGGCUGGGGCCGGGCACAGCGUCACCGAUGUUAACAUAGACCAUUUGGCUGAGCUUGUUACCGACGCCGCUACUGUUACCUAUUGUCGACAUGCUACUACCAUAGAGUCCUGGAACCGGAUACGGGAGAAGGGUCUGCGCCCCAUGUCGAGACGAUACGUACAUUUCGCUCACCAGCCCUCAAGCCUUCGUCAGCAUCGGGAGGUAGUACUAAGUCUGAAGGUCAGGGACUACUUAGCAUCAGUCCAGAAGUUGUACCAGUUGCCGAAUGGGUGUUACGCCGCCAUGGGGAACCGCCACGGGACCAUCCGCCCCUGCUAUUUGACCGCCCGUAAACUACCACGAUUUAAUUCAAUAGCACCGCCGGAACCGGAAGUACUACAGGAGCCACGUCGGGUGGCCGGACUCCCAGCCUGA